UGUUUGUGGCGGUGGUGGUGGUUGUGGUGGUUGUAGUUGUUGUGGUGGUGGCUGCUGACGAGCGGGGGAGGGGUCCCCACAGUCACGAACUCGGUGCGGAAGAGAUUGCGUAACAGCAGCAGCAGCACAUGACCGCCCGGAGACUGUUACAAAAGCACAACAGCGGCGGCAACAACAACAACAACACACCGUAACAACGUGCGAGUGACACGGAACGAAACGCGGAGAACUCCACCGGGAAAUGUCGGCGGAGGGCGAGCCUGGAGCGGUCGCAGGCGCGGGGAUCGGCGGGGCUGCGUCGGACGCGGCUGGAGACGGCGGCGAGACCGGGGAUCUGAACGCGGAGCCCGUGGCCCAGGCCGUGCCUGAGGGACCAGAGGAUCGGGCCGUGGUGGAGUCGCGGGACCGUGAGAGGCAGGCCGUGUUUGAAGAGGCGGGAACUCGUGUCGGACUGCCUGGAGGCGAGGCCGGGCCGCGUGGGCCCCAGAGUCGGGCCGCGACCUCCGAGGCGCGGGCUGGGCCGGGAGAGGCAGGAAAUGGGACCAUGGAGACGGGGCGACGUGAGGGCCAACGCCGGUGUGAGGGAACGGGGGAUGGGACCGUGGAUCGUGAAACGUACACCGAGGACCAGGACGAGCUGAAACAGAUUGGAGAUGGACCCAUAGAGGACUGUGCUGGGUCUCCGGCGCCAGAGGCACGGGCAUUAGAACCUGAGAACUUUGCUGGGGCUCGAGAGCCCCGGGAUCAGACGAUGGAGUCGGAGGAGCCUGAGGAGCAGCCUGGAUCCGAGGAACCCGUGCAUUGGGACGUGGACCCCAAGGAUCAAGCUGGGCUGGGAGCGCCAGAGGAUCAGGCCAUGACGCCUGAACAGGACCCUGAGGACCAGGCCGGGCUGGGAGCGCCAGAGGAUCAGACCAUGACGCCUGAACAGGACCCUGAGGACCAGGCUGGGCUGGGAGCGCCAGAGGAUCAGGCCAUGACGCCUGAACAGGACCAUGAGGACCAGGCUGGGCUGGGAGUGACAGAGGAUCGACCCAUGAUGCCUGAACAGGACCCUGAGGACCAGGCUGGGCUGGGAGUGACGGAGGAUCAGGCCAUGACGCCUGAACAGGACCCUGAGGACCAGGCUGGGCUGGGAGUGACGGAGGAUCAGGCCAUGACGCCUGAACAGGACCCUGAGGACCAGGCUGGGCUGGGAGUGACAGAGGAUCGGCCCAUGAUGCCUGAACAGGACCCUGAGGACCAAGCUGGGCUGGGAGUGACGGAGGAUCAGGCCAUGAUGCCUGAACAGGACCCUGAGGACCAGGCUGGGCUGGGAGCGCCAGAGAAUCGGCCCUUGACGCCUGAACAGGACCCUGAGGACCAGGCUGAGCUGGGAGUGCAAGAGGAUCAGACCAUGACGCCUGAACAGGACCCGGAGGACCAGGCUGGGCCAGACCAAACAGACGAUGAAGCCACAGAACAUAAAGGAGAAAUUGAAGACCAGGCAGAACCAGAGGAGCCAGAGGAUCGGAUGAUGGACUCUGAGGACCAAAUUAGGCCAGGAGAUGUAGAAAACUGCACCGUAGAGUCGGUGAAACUUGAAGACCAGUCUGGGUGUUCUGAGGAGCCAAAGGAUCAGGACAUUAACACUGAGGACCAUGGGUUGGGAAGAUCAAUUGAUCAAAACAUGCAGUCGGGAGACCUUGAAGAUCAGACUGUGACAAGAGAAUCAGAGGAUCGGACCGUAGAUCCUGAAAUACAAGUUGAGUCUGAGAAGGCGGAUGAUCGAACCGUGGAGCCUGAGAACUUGACUGGGGAUGAGGAAACAAAGAAUCAGAACACAGCGUUGGGAGAACAAGCUAAGCAAGAAGAGCCAGAGGAUCGGAUUUGUGAGCCUGAGGAAGUCUCUCCUGAGCAACUCGGCGAACCGACCAUAGAUUAUGGGAAUCGGAUAGCAGAGCCAGAGGCACUGGCCCGGCAGGGACACCAUGGGGCCCUGACCGUCCCAGGCCACUUGGUCAAACUCAAGGAGCGUGGCGACUUGGUUUGGCCACUGGAGGCAGAAGAUCUAGCUGGGAAGCCGGAGGAGGCCGGGGAUGAAUUAGUGGAACCGAUAGAGUUCGGGGAUAUGGCCAAGCCAGAAAGUGUCCGGACUGGGAGUAUGGGAGAACAUGGGAAUUGGCGUCGGGAUCCCAUGCUUGGAGCCUGGCCAAAGGAACCCAGGAUUCAGGGAGAGCCAGGAGACCUCAUUGACGUGGCCUUGGAUCAAGAUGAACCCAUGAAUCAACCCAUUGAACAAGGGGAGCCCAGGGGCCUGACCAGGCCUCGAGAUCUUGGGAACCAGGCAAUUAGGUCCUGGGAUCUGAUUGGGCCGGGGGAGGAUGGGGAAAAGCUGCUUGGCAUGACCGAGGACCCUGAGGACUCCUUGGGGUCCGUGGAUUCCGGGGCCCAUGUUUACCAUGUGUAUGCGCGCCGCUGGUUCGUGCUGGCGGUCCUGUGCCUGCUCAACUUAUCCAAUGCCCUGAUUUGGCUGAGCUUCGCGCCCAUAGCAGACAAAGCUGCCACGUUCUUUGGCAUCUCACUGGCGCAAGUUAACUGGCUGGCGAUCGUCUUUCUGGUUGCCUGCAUCCCAUGUGGCAUAGUGGCCUCAUGGUCCAUGGACAGCAUUGGCUUGCGUGUAACGCUGGUGCUGGGCUCGUGGCUGAACGCGCUGGGGAGCGUGCUGCGAGCGCUGUCCGAUCACCCGCUCAUGCCCACGGCCCUGAAGGGCUUCCCGCUGCUAAUGACGGGACAGACACUGGGAGCGCUGGCACAGCCCUUCCUGCUCUUCGCCCCCACCAAGUUAGCUGCUGUGUGGUUUCCCGACAGCCAGCGAGCAACGGCCAACACCCUGGCCUCUAUGUCCAACCCCCUGGGAAUUCUGCUGGCCAAUGUGCUGUCCCCUACCAUCGUCUAUGAAGCAGAUCAGAUGCCUAUGAUGCUGUACCUGUACUGCCUGCCGGCCGUGCUGGCCUGCGCCCUGGCCACGUGUGGGGUGUGCAGCGGCUCGCCUCCCACACCCCCCUCCCUCGGAGCCACCCACCCCACCGGCGAGCCAUUCUGGCGCAGCGUCAAAGCGGUGAUGACCAACAAGCCGUACCUCGUGCUGUUCUUCUGUUUUGGUGCCGGCGUGGCCCUGUUCACCGCCUUCACAACGUUGCUGGAGCAGAUCCUGUGCUCGCGGGGAUACUCGGACAGCUUCUCAGGGCUGUGUGGAGCGCUGACGAUCGGGUUCGGAAUCAUCGGUGCUGGGCUGGUAGGCUUCUACGUCGAUCGCUCCAAGAAAUUUGUGGAAGUAGCCAAGAUCAACUUCUGCCUGGCAGCGUUGGCGGCCUGCGUGUUUGCGAUGGUGUGUGGCAUGCGCGAGCAGGAGUAUGUGAUUGCCGUGGCGUGCUGCGUCUUCGGGAUGUUCGGCUUCUCCAUUUAUCCCGUGUGCAUGGAGCUGGGUGUCGAGUGCACCUACCCAGUCGGGGAGGCCACCAGUUCGGGCAUCCUCUUCAUCUCAGGGCAGCUGCAGGGCGUGCUGUACAUCGUGCUGAUGCAGGUGGUCGCGCGACCGCUACCGGCCACAGCCGUCCCCACCGCCGUGUGCCAUGGCAAUGGCAUGACGCCGCAGGACUGGACCGUCUCCGUAUUGCUGUUUGCCGGGAUUGCCAUGCUUGGCGCGUGCUGCAUGGUGGUGGCAUUCCGGACCGAGUACCGGAGACGAAAAGCGGAGGCUGUGGAGUCGUCGGAGAGUGAGCCGCUCCUUGUGUGAGCCAAAGAGGGUUGAAUUCAUCACCCGCAUUCUGUUCAAAGAUGGAUGAAAGCCACGGUUCUUCCCACUCCUGCCUGUCAACCAAUCUCAUCGUUGCGUCUCGCACGUAUAGAUUCAUAUAAAUCAUCCACAUAUAGAGAUCCCUCAAUUAACCCAGACAGAGAAUGAGCUGAUUUUUGCAUGAUGCUCAGUCCACUACCUCAUUUGGGGGAAGAAGUUCUUCAAAUACACAUUUUUAAAGAAAAUUUCUUAGGAUUACCAUAGUAAUUUUAAUCUUUUACAUCAUAUAGUAAGUUUAUAAUUUACACACGAAUCGUAUAUUUCAUACUUUACACCUGGUAAAAACUAACGGUACUUAGUAAACGAAUCUCUUGGUAAUGUUUUUUUUAUAUUAUUAGGCUGCACGUAGUUACUGAAGCAGCAAUGUUUUAUCGUAUUUUAAUUCGCAGGGUAUGUGAUGGUUCAGUGAGUGGAUUGAUGUCAGAUUUUUUAAGCAGAGGGACAUGAGCUUUAAUACCACGAUGUUUGCUGCUGUUGGGCUUGGUUGCUUCUGUACUGAGCUGUGUCAAACCCCCCCUGGGCCAAGCUACCGCAAGAUCAUAAUUAGCGUAUGGAUGCCGUAGUGUGAUGCCUCAUCUUUUCGAGAUGGGAGUUCACUGUAAUUAUUCUCAUUUGUAAAUACAUGUUUACAAUGUGUGGGGCUGCCCAGCAGAGUGGAGACUCUUGGCACGAUGCCUGGCACUGGUGGCUGCAAAAUCAGUCGCAUUCCAAGCCCCAGAACAAACAUCGUCCCUGACAGUGGUCAUGGAAAGACAACCCAUGCUUUCUUUCAACCAACUAUUUUGUACUCUCGCAGCAAGUUUCGGGCUUUGCUUUCGAUGCUUUGUCACAUCAUCCUCGACGGCGCAAGCAGAACUUUAUUUUCAUUGGCCACACAGAAAGAGGACUCCUUUUUGGUAGUUUACAGCCCUUUAAGCUGAUGCAAGACACUUUAUAUUUGUAAAGACCAAUGAUAUUAAAAAUCUACUUCAUUUAAAAUAUAUAUCGACCAUGACUAUGCAGUAUGUUUAGUUUGAUGAAAGAAAAUAUUUUUUGUAAAACAUUUUGGAAUGUGUUUUUACGUAAAUUCCUGUUGUGUAAAUGAUAUGGUGACAGUGUUGUUUUGUAAAUGGCGGUGUAUUAUGUAAAUACUGUAGGUGUUGCACUACUUUUUGUCCUGUCUACCCUAGAAUGUGUAAUGCCCUGAUAAUGCAAAAGGUUCAGAGACUGGGGAGUCUGAUCACUGUGAUAACUGAUUUCACAAUAGUGGUGUUUAAUCUGCUUGGUAUCAAUUCAUCCUUGUUUUCUAGCUUUCUGGUUGGGACGCGCAUCGCGGAUAUUUGCCCUACAAUUAAUCCACAGGACGAGGAUUAAUUCAGUUGCCAUACAUAUGUCCAGUUUGGUCAUUAUAAUUACAGUAAUAAAUGAACACUACGAAUCACGAGUAUUUGUUGGGAGCACAAAAACCAUAUGCCAAUGAAGGUUUUCAGUCACCUUGCAAAGGCAGUGGAUUGUGCAUUGAAGCCCUUGUGAAAUGGCCGCCUGGUAUGAGAAAUGCUGAUGUCAACUUGAGGCUGGGGCAAUAGUGGUGGCGUAGACACUGAAUCCAGGGUUUGUCUUGUGAAGAGACAUAACAUGAUCUGCAAGGACAGUGAUCAAUAGCGGCAAGCAAGUGACGGCAGGACCUCUAAGGCAACGGUCAGAUUGCCAAGGUCGGGUUUUGCUAGCGUGUCGAGUUGUGGAUUUGCGGCAAUUGAAACUUAUCCUCGCGAACGAGUUAAUGAACUAAUCUCGAUUACCCUGAAGUUAAACAGCGGUGUCAGCACUGUUUGCUUUGUGGUGCCGGCUGGGUUAAAUGUGAUUUGCAUGUUUUCUGAAGGCAAUUGGGUGAUGGUGGGUUUCCUGUGAGCCCACUGGUGUGGCAAUGGCAGGGUAAAAUCUCUCGUCCAUGCCGUGUACAUUAUGCGGGUCACCCCUGUGAGUUACAGAUUAUGAUAAUCAGCUUACCGCUCGGGUAUACCUGCUAUAAUACAAACAUUCAUACGCCUAGCGUACCGAAGGCAACGUGAGCAACGCACGUUUUUUUACUUGGUCUGUUAUACGAAGCUUUAAACACUGGCUCGCAUCAAGUCGUAUCCCACGGACAGAUUUUGCGCCAUUCUGUUCGCUUUCUGGUUUUUGUGUAAAAAUCAAACUGGAAUAAACACUUGAACAAAAUGGAA